ACGUUCAACUGUGCACACGUUUUGGACACAGGAGCUGCACUUUGUGCUGGCGAGAUAUCAGUUCCCACCAGAUAAGCCAUCUUACCAAUUGUAACCAAGGAGGGGUUUUAUUCUUGGCAUCUGUUUAAGUGCUAGCGAAGGGCUGGUGGCAGUUUGAAGAAAAAGGACUGAUAUUUCCGACGCUCCACGCAAUCGGACAGUCGGUUUUGCUCAAGAAGCUAGUUCAAUCGAGGAAUCCCCAAAAACGGAAAAACAACGGGGCGAAAAAAAGUGAUGCAAACCUGGUUCUAUCGGUGAAUUGUUUCAAGUCCAAAGACGAGACUACUUUUUUCGCGUUUUCAAGGAACAAGUGCUGCGGGUGUUGGUUAAGGUGCUUGUUUUAAAAAGUUGAAAUGAAAAGCAUUUAUGCGUUGUCCACAAAGAUCGUCGGUGAUACAUAAAGGAAAAUGUGAUCUGCAGUGCGAAUUGGAAUCGGCGAGGAAAAAAGGACAGCAGCAGCCCUUUUCCAUCGGAUCGACAGUUCAGCGACCGUGCGAAGAUGGCAGGACGGUUAGCGGACUAAUGAGGUGAACCUGCUGGAGCGGGAUUCUGAAAUGUGAGAUACUCCUGUGGAUGGAUGCGGUGCACAAUUAGGGACUGCUGGACAGGGCGAGAAGCAUGUGGGCAUGUGAGCUACGGGGUUGAGCAAACGGUUUUUAUGGGUAUGUAAUUCGAAUUCUCGAUGGACAAAAUGAAAAUGAACGGAUAUGACACUGGAGAGAACGCUCGGAAUGAUCGUGUUUCAACUGCUUCUACGACUAGAUCACUAAAAGUUUUAGUCUACUUAAGCUUAGAGUUGAUGUAUUGUAAAAUACAUUCGCUUUCGCUUUAAAUGUGAGAUAAAAUCGUAAGGUUUUAGUUGCAAAACGGGUGACAUAAGGUGUAAAUUCAGUGAAUUUGUGCAGUGCCAUAUAAAGAGGAAUAGAAAGUUCGCGUUUUAUAGAAUUUCUGUGAAGUAUGAGUGUUAAUGAAUCCAAAACACAAUUGUAUCAUUUUCGAUCCAGAGAAUACUGGAGUAGCUAAAUGUAAAAAAAAGAAUAUUGAGCAGGCUUCCAUCCUUCUCAAUGGUGGAUAGAUUAUAAAAGGUGUGUACGGUGAAUUUACUGUGGCUCGUAUAAUAAUAGUGAAUAUUCACCCGAGAUAAAGCUAAAUAAUAUAUAUACACUCACGCACGACACAGUCUGAAUAGGAGACGUGCUGAAUUAAGGACAGUCUGCUGGAAAGGAUAUUAUGGAUUCUCGCUGUGAAAGUUUUUAUGGCAGUUUGAUCCCACUGGGAUGAGGGAAGCGUAUGAAGACAACCCAAGAGGAGCUCCCGUGAUGAUGGUGUAGAGGUGCGCCCGCGCUUUUACGUCGCAAACGUAGUUCGACCGACCAUCAGUUUGGUGUAAUAAAGAAGUAUGUCAUUUCUGAACCCAUCCAGCGAACAUCUUUCAUCGUAACAAUCGGCCUUCGUAGUUUCGUUUCAACAAAACAACCAACAUGGAUGUGUGUAUGGGCCGUAGUGUAGUGUAAAAGUCGUAAUCGGACGAAGAGUUCGCGCUAACCGCGCUUGGUGCGUCUUCAAUCGCGAGCGAAAAUCAAUACUUAGGCCAUGUCAAUAAUUAAUUCGCAACCACCAGCAUCUCUGUUCGAAUUGCCGUUAUCAUUAGAGUCGUCACCGUCGUCGCUCCGGUCUACGUUGGCCUGGUCCACCGCAACUCAUUCGCCGUUACCGUCGUCGGGCUCCUCAUCGUUGAGUCUGCCGCAUCCAGCACCGUCGUCGUCGUGCUCAUCCGUAUCCCUGUCACUGCUCUUCGUUCGAAGUGGUGACCUGUUCAGGAGGAGCAAGAGUACUACCAUCCUAUCUUUAGAUGGCCCUAUGGUGGGCGAUCGCGACCGAGAGCGUGAAGCGGUGCGCUGGGAACUGGGGGAAACUACGCCACCCCCGUUUAAUAAUGGUGGACCGGGAACCACAAUGUGCAGCGGUCCUGCAGCGCCGGGUGGUAUUCUACCGGGCGGUAGCUUCGACGAUGGAACCACCACCACAACGACGAACAUCGGAGGCUUCGGCGGUGGAGCAGGAGGCAGCACAUGUGGCCUCGGUGGAGCUGGCCUACCGUGUGGUGGCGGAGUUGUUGGCGGAGGAGGAGGAACAGGUGGCGGCGUCACUUCGGGCGGUGGCAGUAGCGCGAAGGAAGUCCGAUAUGCGCCAUUUCCUGUUCAAUCGCCAUCGCAUGCGGCCAGUUAUACGCAAAUGUCCCAGGCACCGCUGCAGAGGGCACAUUCCAGAUCUAUGUCAUCAAUACCACCGGAACCCUUCAUGAUAAUGCGCUCGAAAGCGCUCAACCGACGUGUGCUGAUCAACGUGGGAGGCGUGAAGCACGAAGUCCUGUGGCGAACCCUCGAGCGGUUACCCCACACGAGACUCGGAAGACUGCGUGAGUGCAACACGCACGAAGCAAUAUCGGAGCUAUGUGAUGACUACUCACUGAUAGACAACGAAUACUUUUUCGAUAGACACCCGAAGAGUUUUAGUUCUAUUCUUAACUUCUACCGCACCGGGAAGCUACAUCUGGUGGACGAAAUGUGUGUGCUAGCCUUCAGCGACGAUCUCGAGUACUGGGGCGUGGACGAACUGUAUUUGGAAUCCUGCUGUCAGCAUAAAUACCACCAGCGCAAGGAACAUGUUCACGAAGAAAUGCGAAAGGAGGCCGAGAGUUUACGCCAGCGAGAGGAAGAGGAAUUUGGCGAUGGGAAGUGCGCACAAUACCAAAAGUAUCUCUGGGAACUGCUGGAGAAACCAAACACUAGCUUUGCUGCUAGGGUAAUUGCCGUGAUAUCUAUUCUCUUCAUAGUAUUAUCUACGAUAGCUUUGACACUCAAUACACUACCGUCCCUGCAAUCCGAUCAUAAUGGCACCUCCCAGGACAAUCCCGAACUAGCGAUGGUUGAGGCGGUGUGCAUCACCUGGUUCACGCUCGAAUACGUCCUGCGAUUUAGCGCCUCGCCGGACAAGUGGAAAUUUUUCAAGGGCGGCCUCAAUAUAAUCGACCUGUUUGCCAUUCUGCCCUACUUUGUGUCCUUGUUCCUGUUGGAGACCAACAAGAACGCGACGGACCAGUUCCAGGAUGUGCGCCGGGUGGUGCAAGUCUUUCGCAUCAUGCGCAUCCUGCGAAUCCUUAAGCUGGCCCGACAUUCAACGGGCCUGCAGUCGCUUGGCUUCACGCUGAGAAAUUCCUACAAGGAGCUGGGUCUGCUAAUGUUGUUCCUGGCAAUGGGCGUACUCAUAUUUUCGUCCCUCGCAUAUUUUGCUGAAAAAGACGAGCCUCAGACCAAGUUUGUAUCUAUACCCGAAACAUUUUGGUGGGCGGGAAUCACCAUGACCACGGUUGGCUACGGGGACAUCUACCCCACUACUCCGCUUGGAAAAGUGAUUGGUACCGUGUGUUGCAUAUGCGGCGUACUGGUAAUCGCAUUGCCCAUUCCUAUCAUCGUUAACAAUUUCGCUGAGUUUUACAAGAAUCAGAUGCGGCGCGAGAAGGCCCUGAAGCGGCGCGAGGCACUCGAUCGUGCCAAGCGCGAGGGAAGCAUCGUCAGCUUUCACCAUAUCAACCUGCGGGAUGCCUUUGCCAAGAGUAUGGAUCUGAUCGACGUCAUUGUCGACACCGGUGAACAAAGUGACCUGAUGGAAUCUCCAGUGGAAUCAAUUUUGGCCACACCACUGGCUCCUAGACGACGACAACCACCGCUCUCAUCGAGACUGGCCGAGUUGAACGAAGAGCUGCGAUCCGAAUCACCGAGGCACAAUCUCUCGACCGCUGAUGGCAACAGCACGGAAGAAGGUGAUUCGGUUGGUGGAGGUCGUAAUCCUGCCAUGACCGGGAUGGGCUGUUACAAAAACUAUAAACAUUCCGCGGGAUUGAAAAAAAGGGUCAAUUCACAGUCCGAAAAUUACCCUCCUAAUUCUACGGGGCCAAUUGAUCCAGAUAAUGCUCCACCGUACAGUCCGUCAAUGCAGCAUCAUAACAUGAUGAUCGACAUGGAUGCGACCGAGGAUCAGCAAUUAAUCAUGCAGGAUACUCCUCGUCAUGAGCCUACAGUGAUGAUGGCGACAAGGGCGUACUACAACAAUCAAUGGAGCAACGAGGAAGUAGAAGAACUACGACGACAGGUUGCUUUAGAAACUUCUUCCACCAGUAAGCGGGACAAAUCCGAUACUGAACUGCCAUCCGAAUUUGAGUGUUGUUUUUGCACAUCGAAGGAGUAUAAAGAGUUUAUCGAUGCUGAAGGUUUAAUGCCACUUCCAACCUCCGACUUCCACACGACGGUCUGCUUAGAGAUGCGUAUGCUAAAAAAUAAUAUGAACAGUAACUGUAUAGUCCCAUCAGCACAACUUGGUCCAAGUACAAUAUCAUAUCCAUAUCCUUAUAUGGAUACACCUAUCAAACAUUCUAAUAACUGUAAUAAUAAUGUUAAUAGUAACGUGAACGGUACCAGUAAUCACAAUAACGCUAGCGUUAGUAAUAACAAUAGUAAUAGUAACAAUGGUGAUCUAGCUAGUGUCGAUAGCUCCGACACCUACGCUAGUUGUCAAACGCAUCCAUUCCUGUCACAAGGUGAUCUAACAUCCGAUAUUGUAGAUAUGUCAUUCGAUUUAGACACGCUAGAUACAAACAAUCUAUACAUAAAUCCAUUGGAGAAAGAUACUCAAAAGCAGCGUUCAGUAGGUAGAACCCAUGUUAAGAAAAGUGCUUCCGGAGAUACUGGACUGAGAAGUUUGGGCGCCAGUCCUAUGGACGAUGAGUACAAACAAUUCCAGACCUCGUUCGAUACGUCUGAUCGGGGCAGCCGUGUUAGUCUGAAUGAGACCCCGGUGCCGAAGCAUCGUAAAACCCGCUUUCAACAGGGUGCCACUUCGGCAGGGUUGGCCACUGCUGCUAGGCCCAAAACUCGCUUCGAGAAUCUGAAAUCAUCAAUCGAAAGUCUUGAAGACUCAGGUGGGGUUGCAGGGACUGGCAGCAGUAGCGGUACGAGCAAAAAGAUGCGCAGAUCCUCUUUCAUGCCAGCCAAAAGCAUAGCAUCGGCAACCAAACUUAUCAACCAGCAUCUGUUUGGCAUUCAGAACCCAUCGCAAAAAGAUUCGAUAGAAACAUCACCUCAGUUAGAAACACAUCGACGGUCGAAAUCAAUCCUAAAAAAUAAAUCCGAAGCGUCGAGACUUUUGUCCGAUCCAGAAAGCGAAAGACUAUUGGCUGACAAUAUGUCUGGAUCUGGGGUUUCGGAAAAUGGUGCCAAUAUGGGGAGCGACUCAAAUACUGACUACUCCGGAAGCACGAUGAUCGCCACCUCGAUUACCCCAAUUGCACAACGACAUCGUUUGAUACACCAGCGUUCGACACCGGCCUCGUUGGGCAGCAAAGCGCUAGCCAAGUUCCAACAGCCACGCUACUCACAGGAGGAAGUCGCUCGACAAGGCAAACCACAACUGACGAGGGGCGUGGGCAUAGGUACGUACGUCGAUCAUCUCACCGGCGAUCGUCGACUAGAUACAGGGACUAGAGAGAGUAGCACAGAAUCGGAAACAGCAUUUUCAACAUAUCUUGCAGCUAGUAGUAAUAAUAAUAAGGAUAAAGCAUCGUUCGCUGGAAGUAGCUUGACAUCAAGCGAUGAGAGUAAAACAACCACCAGCAGGGGAAAUUCUCUGGAGAACCACGGCGGAAGUAGUGGGUACGGCGCAUCAUCAUCGUAGCAGGAAGUUUGCAAACCCAACCUCAACGAAAAAUACUAAGAUUAGUUAAUACUACGAAAAUGUAAAUAUGCCCCUCGACCGGAGUAACUUGCGGAACACACUAAACCAAAGAAAGUAAAACCAGCAAAAAACCAACUCGAAAAUGCAAACAUAUUCAAGGAUGUACCGACAACAACAGAAACCAACAAAAAAAUGAAAAUCCCAAUGUUAAUAGCAAAAAAAAUAAGCAUUAAGUGAAGAAAACAACACAAAUUAAAUUAAGAUCUUUUAAAGACAUUCGAACUAGGAGGUUUAAAUUUAAUUUUAAUAACAUUAUUCAAUUCAUAAGGAACGUGAAUAAAACGAAGCAGGCAACACUAUAUCACAUGGAAAACAAAAGAAAAAAAUUAAUGUUUAUAGAUAAAAGAUAUUAGUAUGUUCGUCAAAAAGCAUCGAUUAUAUCGUCAAUCGCACUCUACUAGGUUAAAAGAUAUUUGAUAUAACUGGACGAAUCAAGUAAUCAUAAACGAACAAUUCUUGUCCACAAUCGUCAUUAUUUAUAACGCAAAGUGCUCCGUAGUGGCAUCAGAAGCAGCAACAAAUCGUACAAAGUUUAUUGUGCACACUCUCAGCUUGAGCUAAAUUUAAAAUGCGCUACGUUACUAUCAUACUUAGGAAAAUAUCGAUCAUCGCAGGAUUCCACAACACAUCAAAAAGCCGCCCAUCGAUAGAAACUUGGCAAUCUUGGAAAUAUAUAAAUAUGAUAUAUGGCCGCUGAACUUCAUUCAUAUUUUAAACCUACACGCGCUUCAGAAAAAAAAGAAACAAACAAAUGCACUUUGUAAAUAUACACAUAUUUCACAAUCACGAAUUCGAAGAUAUUUUGGUUCCUUGAAGUCAUUCAAGCGGAAGUUGACAUUGUCCGGCUCGAAUGAGUAUUCCAAUUAUCGAAAGAUUAAGAAAUGCCAACAUUCUAGAGCAUAUUUUAUUAUGCUACUAUAUUCAGAACACAAAUGUAUCGUUAUAAAUGCGAAAAUGACAAUGCCAUUAUUUCCAUUCAUUUGCGGAAAAUUUUUGGAAAGAGAUUUAAGCUUCGAUUAUCAAGAUUUACGCGAAGAGAAGAGUCGAAACGCUUUCCGUUCUAACUGUAGAAUGAACAUUAUUUUUUCAUUUAAAUUUCUUUGUGCUUUUCGGGUUUCAGGCAUAUUUUAGUUCUACAUUAUCCAUUAUUAUUUACUGUUCCAAUGACGUUUUAUUAUCCGGACGUCAAUUUGAAACUAUUUUUUUUUUGUCUUUAGUUAAGAGAUUUUUAGCCGUAGGCUGGUUCAUUUCUGCAAAACUAUUAUUCUCAACUCUAUAUUUUAAUUCAUACUGCACAAGACGUGAGCACAAAAUUUCGCCUCAAAAAGUCACGAUUAUUACAUGCUUUGAGAUGACUAUGAACAACUAUGUAACAGUUCGGCUGAAAAGUUUAUAAGGUAACACAGUAAAACUAUUUUUCUUGUCGCAAAAUUCAAUUUUAUUAUUCAACAUAAUUGCCUUCGAGGGCGAUACAGCGAUUAUAGCGAUCUUGCAACUUGAUACCAUUUUAUAGUACUCUUUCGAUUUUUCCUCAAAAUAGGCCUCAGUUUCGGUAAUCACUUCAUCAUCGGUCUUUAAUUUCUUGCCAGCGAGCAUUCUCUUCUGGUCUGCAAACAAAAAAUAGUCGCUGGGAGCCAGAUCAGGAGAAUACGGUGGAUGCGGAAGCAAUUCGAAGCCCAAUUCAUGCAAUUUUGCCAUCGUUUUCAUUGAUUUGUGAUUUUUCCAUUUUCACAAUAACAAAAGUUUCUUCACUCUCAAUUCUGUAACUCACGAACCAAUCGACCGAUUGCUUUCAAAUUUUGACACGUAUCCAUUGAACGAUGGUGUUUUAUGAUAGUCAAGUAGAUUUUUGCAAGAGGCGCCAUCUAGACGUCAACCUUAUGAACUUUUCAGCCGAACUGUUACAACAACAAUCAUCAUAGGUUUAAUUUCGUAUUAGUUAUGUUCUCAACACAACAUAUUUGUAUACGGACAAAAAUAAUGAUGAUUCAUUUUGUUUACAAAAUUAAAUCAUUUGAACUUACUCAAAUUUUAUUGGCCAAUUUUCGAACAAUAUAUGGAGCAUACGUAAAGCGUAAACUUCAACUAUGGCUGGCAACGGAAAAAAUCAUAAUGUUUGCAAUAUAUUUAUUCCGUUCAAUUCGUUAAUGGAAACUCACGAGCGCAAUUCCAGUGUAUGAUUUUCAAACCUAAAUAAAAAAAACAUCAAUUCGAAACAUUCUGAAACCACUCUUCACGAAUUAAAUUUAGAAAAUGUCCUGGACAAUCAAAUAAUCAGUGGUAAAUCCAAUGAACAGUGCGAACUUACGAAUUCAGCAACAUGAUAAGUAUCAAAGAAAUAUGCAAACAAUCAGACUUUUUUCUUCCCAUUGAUCAGACCUUGUUUUGUGUUCCUGUGACUGCAAUAAAUACAAACUCUAGGGGGAAUUGACUCCAGUAUAUGGAAUUAAAAACAUUAAUCAAAAGCAAUACAAUCUUUGAUAUAAUUGAAGUCUUAUUUCUAUACUAUAGUGCAAGAGCUGAACAUUAAACUAUUUCUACACUACACAUCAACAACAACGGAUUCCAUAAGUGAUUACAAUCGCUUUCUUAUUGUGUGCGGCAGCGAAGAAAUUUAAUUAAGUGAAUAGUCCAGAGGGCAGCUGCAAUCCCAGCAAAUCGUCUCCUUUCAAUUGAUUGCUUUUUUACCAAACAGGCAAAGAUAUACAAACCUAGCUUAAACAAUUAAAUGGCGCAAAGUAGAACAGUGGAUGUACCGCAACGGGGUUGUUUAUCAUUAAGUCUAACAGAAGAAGCAGUUUAUUCUCUCGAAAACGCAAAGGAAUAUGAUCAUUUGUAACAGAAAAAUGAAACACUUUUCUCAGAAGUAAAAACGAUAUGAAGAAUAAUUAAGGAAAUAAAAAAAAUGAUGGCUUAUAUCUGUGAUUUAAUUAAACAAGAGAGUAAAAAGUUGAAAAUGUUAGUAAAUAUUGUAAAUUAAAAGGUAAACUUAAAACUGUGUUAACAUUAAUAUAACAAAAAAUGUGCUUUUUAAAUAUUUUCGAUAUGAAGACAUUAUAUAUACAAAACCGAUGUAAAAGAGAAAAAAAAACUAUAAAUAAUAACGAUCGCAGGCGUCUAGAUCGUUGCAAGCCAGAAAGUAAGAAAAUCCACAUAAAUACAUUAUACUGGAGUAUAUAUAUAAAUAAACUUAGGUAAGUGAACCAGUACACAUAGUUAAGUAGCAAAGGUAUCAUCUUCAGCGCAAUCAACGAUUUAUACAAUACGCUGUCCAUUAGCAUAUUUUUAUCGAUUGAUUUGUAUGUAUGAGUGAAACUUCAUGCCAUACUUUGGUAUAUUUUUUCCUAGGUUUACUUCCUAUACAGGUAUCACAAUUUGCUUUAAAACUUACUUUAAUCUCUCCAUGUCGAUAUUUCCGAAGUUCUUCAUGAUAUUCGGGAAGAAAAACACUAUUUCUAGUCAUUUCUUAGUAAUAAGCGUUAUAUUUUUUCGGAGUUUACUUAUUGUUUUCUUAGAUUUAUACUUUUUAUGAGUUUAUGAUAUGUUUCAAUUUUUAAUUAAUAAAAUGAUGUCCUGUGAAAUAUUAGUAUUUUAUUUCUUUGAAAAAUAUUAUGGGCUCUUAAAUAUUAAACGUCGAGAUAAUUUAUAACGAGACAAAAUAAGAUGUUGUAUUCUCUGGAAUUAGUAUGAACUUUAACACUUUUUAAGUUACGAAAACAUAACUAUCGUAUAUUCUGGAGCAAUUAGAAAAUGAGGCCUAUUCCCAUUGGUCUAUUUAAACCACAUAAAUGGAGCUUUUCGUUACUGAUACGAAAUGCGACCGUUUGGUAACUGAGUAUCUUAGGGAAGAGGUCUAUGAAAACAGAACGGAAGAAAGCAGAAGGGCGAUUGUUCAUUUAAAGCGGAAGGUUGAUCCUAAUAGUCUAAAAUGCUGCAUUCUCUCAAUAAUUUCAGAGGUCCUAUAUACACGUUUUUCGUGUAGGAAAGACGAAACAUUGGCAACGCAAAAUAUCAUAUUGAAUAGAGUUCACAAACCGUGCCAAGGCGCUUGAGGUGGCCGUACACUGUUUGUCCGGAGGGGUCACAGUUUUUGACAGAUAAAGUUUGGUUUAAAAUUUGUACAAAUACUAUUUUGUUUGCCACCAUUCAAUUAUCAACGGUGGUAAACAAUGUGAAACAUAGAACACGGAAAAAAUCGACUGAAAUAUUUAAGGUAACCUAACCAUGUACCAACAGGUUUUAAGAUCAAACCGUGUUUUGUGUCAAAUAUAUUUGAUCAGUACACGUUGAUCAAAUUUUGUCUGUCAAAAAGAGUCAAAAUAUAUCUUGAGGUGGACCAAUAUGUCAAGACACUCUGCGGCCAUUUUGAAAGAAUACUGUGUUUUUUUUUUUGUAAACAAAGCACAUUACGCUUGUGCGCGGUUUGUGAAGUCAAUCAAUACAAUACUUUACGUUGCGAACAAUGCUGAUUCGGACCUUUGUGAUCAUUCUCUCUUUAUCACGCUUCAGGAGAACAACUUCUCUUCCUACUCAACGAUCAAACGGCCCCACUUGAGUGUCAACUACGAGCUAAAAGGUAUGGGGACUCCCAGAAUGAAGUGAUAAACUUUGCUAUCUCACGUCACUCGCCGCGCGGAAUAAAGGGGAACUCCUCACUAAGUUGACGAGCGGAGCGGUAUAUGAAAACAGUACAAGAAAAAGCGAAAGAGGGAUUUUUCACCUGAAGCUUUCAGUUGUAUUCUGCUGAUACCGGUACUUUAUUCGAAAAUUGAAAAGUUGAAAAGACGAAACGUCCGCAACGUAAAAUAUCCUAUUGAAUAGAGUUCACAAGCGUAUUGCGUUUUUUCGCAUAUUCGAACGAUGCCUACUAUGUUCGGCUUUUGCGAAUUUAUGUGAAAUAGAAGGGAUGAUUUUGUAGUAUUGCAUUCUCAUUUCCACACUCUUGCAUGUAAAAAGGCAAAAAUAGCGUAUCCUAGCAAUAACAAAACAAACAACCCCCGCUCCACAAACCGUAAUCCCCUUCUUAUUGAAGUGAUGAUGUUGCUUCACCUGUUAUACAUUGAUAUAAGCGCCUUGCUUUCAAGAUGGCUUUGACAUAUUGGCAUUCCUUAGGACAAACUUCUAGGCGUCUGGCUUCUAAAGGUGGGACCAGAAUGCCGCGUUGUGCGUCGCUUCUCGUCAGCUGUCAUUGCUUGCGUUUUGUACUAAAACAUUUGCUUGACGCAAUCGGUUGAUUUGUAAUCACAAUCUAACGUUCGCGUCACCGCUUUACAUGUAAACAAAAACAAAGCAAAACGGUCAAAAGAAUUAAUUCAACGAGUGAAUCUGUAAUUUCUUACAAUUAUUCUAUGUUUGCAGAUUACGUGUAGUCAAAAAAAUUCGAUCUGAAAAAAUACAUGAGCCGACAUCGAAGAGCAGCUGGCGCCGUAGCUGCUAUUUAUGUCACUCGGAAUAAUAUUCGAGGUACCGGCUAUGGUAGAUGGUGAGUUCAACCUACGAGCCAAAACCGCGAGCAGGAGAGAUUUUCGAUAUGCUGAUGUGACAAAGAGACGUCGAUUAUUUUCUGAACUCGACUUAUGUCUCUUUAAUGUUGUGUAGCCAUUAACACAACAUUAAAGUGGCGAUGCCAAUUAUAAUUUACGCUUCAUUGAUGUUGGUACAUAUAGUGGAGAUGGCGAUGGAGGAGAUUUUACCAGCGCUGAGUUAAGAAACUAUAGCAAUUAGCCUGGUCCUUAUAUCGUGUCUGACCCCUACAAAGUAUUUUCACAUCACAUUGUUGGUAACACAGCAUUUCCUCUAAAGCCCAACCUCAUGCAGCAUCUUUCGGUUGUUUAUGGAAGCUUCAAUUAUCGGCUUUAUCGUGUUAGAAAAACUAUUGAAAACUUAACUCAUCUUGGUUGCAUGUUGAAAAAUAUCCGGAAAGACAAUAUAAUUACUCCAAGAAAUAGUUGACAUAUAUGUGGAAGUGGUAACAAUGCUCCACAACUCCAUGAGUGCAGUGGGUUGUGAAGGUUCUAUGAAUUUAAGGGAAUGGCGUUCUCAAGUUUCAUUUCUUAAGGAUUUGUCAGCUACAGAAAUUCGAAUAAGGAGCGAUACUAGUAAGGCUUCGUAUCAGCUACCUGAUUUACUGCUUACUGGUUAUGUAUAAAAGAUAAUAAAAAAUAAAACAAUUAAAACAACAAUUUCAUUUUUAUUUUAUUCUCGCUGUUGGCGACACCUUUCGGAAAAUUCUCUCAGCAAACUCCUUUUUUGAUUUUGAGUCAGCUUGAAGCUGUAAAGUAAAUUUUAAACUAACAUUAUAAAUUUCUGACUUAUAAUUUAGUCUCCUUUUAAGUGGCCAACAAUUUUAAUAUUUUGUAUUUAGUCCUAUUAGUGAUUUUCAGCUCAUCUUUAUGUCAAUUCAGUUUUUAAAAUUGUUUACAAUUACACACAUUGUUUACAAUAACAAUAACAAAGAGUUUUGGCUCAAAUCUAUUGGCUCACGUUGUAUGAGGGGCCCGUCGUCGUUUUGUCGUAACACUUGCAUUCCGAUUGAUAAUACUUUUAAACAUUUGAGGAUUUAUUGAGGUCACCGUUUUUAUUCAGAUGUAAAUCGGUGAGGCAUCAGCAUCGGCAUCUCCUCCAUCUAUUCGCAAAUGUAUUUUACGAGGGCAUCAUGUCUCGUAGGUUCUACUACACACAUUGUUUUCACCAUAAAUCGAACGGAAAUUGAAAGCAUUGUGCUACCGUUUGCCAGAGGCACUCGUUUGUUUCCACUAAUUCGAUGAAAUUUGUUUCAAACUCGAUUUUCAACAAAUCUGAGAACGUAGAAAAAUUCUGUUCUUGUUGUGUGCACGACAUCAAUUGAAUGUUGUUAAAAACAACACAUUGACAUAUUCAACGCAAGCAGUUUAGAACAAACUCCAGCGUUUAGUACAACGAUGCUAAUGGCGCGACGCAUCAUUGUGGACGACUAGAUGGGAACACACAUAUUCAAAAUGAACUGUCAAAGUACAAUUGUAGCGACGCGGCGUAUAACGCGACAUUCUGGUUUCACCUUAAGCCCUUCGGUUACCUGCAAUGAGCUGGAAUUGACAGGUUGUUCGUUUUCAACAGUAUGAGGAUUAGGCAUGGAAAAAUUCGAAUCGGUAUGAAAAAUGACAGCGACUUAUUUUGUUUAUAAACAAACCAGCUCUAAUUUUUAUGCUAGAGAGCGUUUUCUUCCCACCAGCGGUUACAUACGCUGAACCGGUUUCAACCGAACCAGCUGUGGUGUUCCACAAUUUUCAAGAUCAGUUUAAUCUGCAGCUGAAGUCUCCGGGAAACGACAUGAUUUAAUAUCAAUGGGUGAACAGCGUACCGCUGCACUCACUCGAUCGUAAUGGGUCGCCAAUGACUAAAUAAGCAAAGAGAGAGGAACUUAGAGCAGUACGACACAAGCUCGUCGGUACACCCAAAGUUAAUUUUUAGCAUAUGUUCUGGCAUCCCGAUUUAUUACAUUAAAUGAGCCGAAAAAUAACAGAAAAUGCUCUACUCCCCAAUACGUGUAUAUCAUUUGUAUAAUAUAUAUGCUAGAGCCAAUAUGAGCCAAUAUGAGCGAGCGAAACAGGCGAAACAUAGUUUGCCAAAUACACGGCCCAGACAAAGAAAAAUAUCUAUUCUCGUUCAUGCUUUUCUUUUACCUCUUAGAAAACAUUUUCCAAUUCAUUUUAGGAUGAGGUGUAAUAUUAUCACGCUUUUAUAUAACAGCACUAGUAGCUAUAUGGAUAGCGUGGUCGUAUGAAACAGCUUUGCAUUCUAGUCGGCCUUGGUUCGAUCCCCAUUGACGUCGUAUGGAUUUUUUUGCACAAUCCCAAAUUAAAUGAUGAAAGAAAAAUGAAAGAGAUGUCAGAGAGAGGCAGCUUCGCCUAUAUCCAAAGUAUUCAUAUAAUGGAAGGUGGAACAAAACGAAGAGUUAUAUAUGUAAACAAAUGGGGGAUUAAUUACUUAACCCCUUCGCAUACAACAUCGAGUCUCACUAGUGGUGUACUUACAUAACAUAGGGCGCUAGAACACUCAGCAGAGUUGUGAAAUCACUUGAUGUGUGAUGUGUUAAUUAAUACGCUAAGGGGCUAAACGGGAAGGAGGUUUUUGGUCCCAUGCGUCUGGGAAAAUACGUUCUACAAAAAGGAAAAGGGAUACGUUUGCAACUCAAAAGGUCGUACAUUAGCGCACUGUUAUCUGUUUAUGAACAAAUUACAAUACGCUUGUGUCUGGCGGGUGGGUGGAGGAUUACUUACUUACAAAUACAGUACUGGCAAUAAGAGAAAGAAAACAAAGUUUUGUUGAAGUUUUGUUAAUUCUUCAAAAUAGUGAAAUCAAUAUUAAUUGCUCAUUUUGGUCUGGCCAACGAAAAGAAUACAUGUCCUGCAUUUGAAACAAGAGCAUUAAAAAGUAGUCACUAGUUUUUCGUGUGUCUUCCUUUGGCACAGAUAACUGCCUGCAGACGCCGAGACAUGCUUUCAACCAAGUUUUGAAGGUAAUGUUGAUCAUUUUAUUCCCACGCCAUUGAAAGUUCCUCAAACAGCAGAGCUUUGAUGGUCAUCGUGCUUUUAUCUAUCCAAUCCAACAACUUCACACGAGAUUGACGUAAAUAGGACAUCGUUUUGUGUGCCGUAUGCUUUGGAUCGUUGUCUUGCUGAAUGAACCAAUCCUUCGGCAAACCGAUCUUCCGUGCUGAGCUCUUCAAUUUGUGCAUGAGGAUAUCGAUGUACUUGUCAGCAUUCAUUAUACGAUCGAUCAUCGAUCUGAACCAGGUUUCCUACACCGGGCCAAGCAAAACACCCCUAGACCAUGAUGUUGUCGCCAUCUGGCUGCAAGACACACCUAACACGACCAAACAACAUGCUCUAUGUCGUGAUAAUCUUAUCCACAAACGCAGAGAUUGUUGCUGACAAGAUUGAUACGAAAUAACAGCGCGUCCAGCGAGCAGUGAUUGGAUAUGAGUCGGGAGAAGUUGCGAAUGAAGUCCCGACUGAAGUAGGGGAAAUCAGAGUAAAACCGACACCCUAAGGAAUUCCACAUGUUUCCAAGAUCUACCAUGUGUCUUCGACUUCAAAUUGUUACAGAACCUCUCUUCAACUGUUCAUGAACCUUUCUGCAGUAUCUGUUGAUCAUUUUUUGAUUGGUACUCGAAUUUUGAUAGAAUACAAAAAUUGAUGUUUUCAGGUGAAAGAAAUGGGAGUGCGGGUGAGAUAGACACCCUGUCGGGUAAAACUGACAUCUUUGAAGAACCGAAUGAGAACUUGUUUUCAAUAAUUUCAAAGUAUUAAGAGGUUAUCUAUAUACUAUGUGAACACUUUAAGAUCCCAGCUUAGGUGAGCAUCCACGUGAAAUGUGCCGAUGAGCGUUGAACGAAGGGAUACGAUGAGCUCUUCCAGGUUUUUUUGUUGACAUUCCUGACUCAACGUUGGUUCUGGCUGUUUUAUUAGUUCAGCUAUGGCGUUUUGUCUUUCAAAUAUAAACACGAGACAUCUACAAAAAGUAAGAAUGCAUUUUUCCUGUCUGUGAAACACAAACCAGGUGUCGUUUUUACCCUGACUGAAGGUGUCGGUGUUACCCUGAAUGAACUCGAAAUUUCAAACAAUGUUUUCGAGAAUCGAUAAGCAAUAACACAUCCUACCGUCUCACCAACUACAUUGAACAAUGAUCUACGAUGAAUUAUGCUCAUAAAAGUAUCGAAUUUUCCACAAUUUUCCGCCUUAAACACUUAAAUUCCACGAGCGAAAUUGUACAUGGACUGUUUCAUGUUUGCUAGCCGGUUCUGUUUUGUUGUUUGUUUUGACAGCAAAGCGACCUCGCAGAUGUGAAGUUAAAUCGAUUGCAUGUUGAAGACAAUUGAGUGAAAUCUCUGUGAAUACAACAAUGUAAAUCGUAAUGCAUUCAUCAGAUAUUCAUUCGAAUAAAAUUAUUGAAAAUAAUGAUAGUGGAAUAUUAAGAAAUAUAAGAAUUUUCUGUAUACUCAAAAUAUGGUACAAAUAAGACGGGACAAUCAAAAUCGGUCGAAAACGUUUACGUUUGGUCAGCCUAACCAACUGUCAUUGGGGAUCGAAACGGUUUCUGAUCGUUGGUCCUAGGCUUUCAAAUUCACAUCAAUAUUUUCAGCAAUGUUAUGUUAAUACGAAUACUUUACUUGAAAAUAUACGUUUGCAUUGAGGAAAAAGUGAACGCCUGCAACGUAAAAGCGCACUUUUGAUUUGUCUGUUAACAAAUUACUUUCUAUCGGAUUACAAAAUGCGAAGACAGUUUCGAAUUAAUUAAAUUUGAAUGAAAAUUUCUACUUCAUGGUAUUCAAUUAUUUAAGAUGCACAGCACAGACCCUCACUUAACCAUUUAUCUAUUGGUUUCUCGAUAUUUUCACGAAAACUUUUUAAUAUAAUAUCAGUAUCAGACACAAUUUACGAAAAUUACAAUGUGAAAGUAAAUGUUUAUUCAAAAUUGCUAUUUUGAAAGCGUAUUUAUUCUACCUGAAAUUCGUAAUCAUUUUCGAAAUGAAAGCACACGGAGCUCAAUUUCGCCAACGCAGAUAUACUCCUCAAAAUCAGAAUCGAAUUCCGAUUGCAAUAAUACAAGAGCAGAAGCAGCAGGGCCAAUCACCUAUGCAACGUUUUAAAUUUUCAUAACUUUUCUAAGAACAAUUUCUUUCCAAUAUUGUAACACACAACUUGAUUACCGUUUAUUUCAUACCAAUUUCGGAAAAUGCAACCGUCCCAAAAAUUCUCUCAACGUUCAUUAACCUUUUGUCAUUCAUCUUUGACAACUUUUGUUACUUACCAUUGUUUUGCAAUGAAGCAUUUCGUACACACACAGCAAAGAAAAACAACACUAAAUUUAGGAACUACAGUAAACUAACAAAAACAAAACGAGCGCGGUUUAGUAACGUCCUAAUUUCCACAAAAAAAGUGCAACAAACGAAAAUUUCAUGCGAGACGAACAUUGAACAAAAUUCUCGGCAACCAAAAAUAUAUACUCUAAAAUUACUCAAAUCUUAUCAAAAUUCAGCGAUCACGAAAUUUUAAUAUAAGACAAAAAUUAUUGAAUGCAUACACAUUUAGGCAAACGUUGUUGAAACAAAUUGGUUGGUCAAAAUGCUAGUACGCGAUGCUUAUUCUGUUCCCUACCUUUCUAUUGUUGAGUUAGAAAAGGUACAAAUGCGAACAUAACAUGCUGCAAUCAAUAGAGAACGCUUAAUGCUCGUUAAGUUAUUGUUUACUAACAAAUUGAACCCUGUUUCACUUAGACACGCCAUAACAACUACUGUUCAGCUACAUUAUUUUGUUUGAAAAACCGAAAUUCAGACGCAUAUAUGAAGCAAGCGAGCGGCAUCUAAUGUUUAGAUUAAUUGUUAUACUAUGAUGGAAGUGAGACAAAGUUAUGUUUAAUGACGAGAGUGAUUAUCGUGUAGAGGGUGUUUGAACAUUAUCUAAUUUUACAAUACGUAUUAAAAUUUAAUGUAAAAAAAUAGUCGAGCAAUGAACGUUUUGUCCGUUAUAGAAAGUAAAACAAAAAAAAAUAAUAAUGCACCGA